GUCUUUAUUUAAUUGAAAGGUUUCUGUUGACUUCAUCUUGCUUCCUCGCAGAUCCAAUAAAAAUGGCAUCCUGUUCAUCCUCUAGUAUUAUGGCUUCUAUUCAUGCUAAUGCUACCAGCUACGACGUGUUUCUAAGCUUUAGAGGCGAAGAUACUCGUGAUUCUUUUACGGAUCAUCUUUACUACGCACUAAAGCGAGCAGGAAUUUGUACUUUUAGGGAAAAUGAAGAAAUCAGCAGAGGUGAAGAACUGAAGCCGGAGAUUGAGAGAGCAAUUAGAGAAUCUAGGGGUUCAAUAGUUGUAUUGUCACCGAACUAUGCAACUUCUACUUGGUGCCUUGACGAGCUAAGGUUAAUCCUCGAACAAAGAAGGGAGGGCAAUCAUUUCGUUCUACCUAUUUUUUAUCACGUUGAUCCAUCUGACGUGAGGAAACAUAAUAAAACCUUUAAAAUCGAAGUGAAAGCCUAUCCAAGAUGGACAGAUAACAACGUGAUCCUGUGGAAAAAAUCUCUAAAGGAGGUUGCUGACUUGGCGGGUAUGGUUCUGUCCGGGCCUGAAACAGAGUUUCUGAAGGAGAUUGUUGACACCAUUUACAAUAAACUAGAUCGUAAAGAAGUUCAUCUUCCAAUCAAUCUAACAGGAAUGGCCACUCGAUACAAGGAUAUUAAUUCCUGGUUAAAUGGAUCCGAUGUUGAAUUUAUAGCAAUUUGUGGCAUGGGUGGAAGUGGCAAGACAACACUGGCCAAAUAUAUCUAUGAUUCAAAUUGGAAAUUUUUUGAAAACAUGAGUUUCGUUGAAGAUAUUAGUUGCAGAUGUAAAGAAUCCCAUGAUUUGCUUGGGCUACAAGAACAACUUCUCAAAGAUAUCUUAGGCGGGAAGAAGAGAAAAAUACCUGGUGUUUCUCAAGGUACAUGUAAGAUUGAGGAGGCCUUGCAAACAAAAAGGGCUCUUAUUGUACUUGAUGACAUUGCUGAACAUAGUCAACUGCUCGCUUUACUUGGAACCAGGAAGAUUCAUGCACAAAGUAAGAUUAUAAUAACAACCAGGGAUUUAAACACACAAGAAUGGUUUGAGUCCAGAUCAUGGAGGUGUCAAAAAUACACAAUGAAAUUAUUGAAUGAUGGUGAAUCACUUGAGCUAUUAAGUCGUCAUGCCUUUAGAUCCAAAAUUCCCAUGGAAGGUUUCGAAGAGCUUGCAGUACAGGCACUACGCUACUGUGAAGGAAAUCCACUGGCUCUUAAAGUCUUGGGUUCCUCUUUGUUUGUUAGUGAAGACUUAACAAAGAUAAAUAGCAUCCAACUGUGGAGAAGUACAUUAAGCUUAUUGGGAAGAGAUAUUGACGAUGGAAUUAAACGUGUACUCAUGAGGAGCUACAACGCCUUGCCACAUGACUCUAACAAAGAGUUGUUUUUGCAUAUUUCUUGUUUCUUUGUUGGCAAAGACAUAGAUUAUGUGGUAAAGAUAUUGGAGCAUGAUUAUGCUGCAAUAUCUGGGAUCAAAAUUCUAACCAAUAGAUGCCUUUUAUCUGUUUCACCAAACAAGAAACUUAUGAUGCAUCCAUUGCUUCAAGAGAUGGGGAGAGCAAUUGUCCAUCAAGAAUCACCAAAGGACCCUGCAAAACGUAGUAGAGUCUGGCGUAAUAAGGAUUCGUAUGAUGUUCUGCGAAAAGGAAAGGGUUCAAAAACAAUGGAAGGCCUAGCACUUGACAUGCAAAUGAUAAAGGAAGAGAAGUACACUUUCAAGUCAUCAACCCUCAAGACAGAUGCACUAGAAAAGAUGGAUAAACUAAAAUUGCUCCAGCUAAAUUUUGUGCAACUCACCGGGUCCUACGCGAAUUUAUCAGAAGAUUUAAGAUGGCUCUGCUGGCUGGGAUUCCAUUUAAGACUCAUACCCUCUGACUUAUUCAUGGGUAACUUGGUGGCUAUAGAUAUGAGCUAUAGCAACUUGGAAGUAUUUGAACCACCCACAGUUCUUCAAUCAUUGCAGAUUCUAAAUCUUAAAGACUCAUAUAAUCUAUAUGAAAUCCGCAACAUGUCCAGGAUCCCUAAUCUUGAGACUUUGAUACUCUGGAACUGUCACAGUCUCAUUCGUGUUUGUGAAACCAUUGGAGACCUGACAAGUCUUGCACUACUGAACAUGACUGGGUGUGAAAACCUGUGCAAGAUGGAGCAAACAAAUAUUUUCAUAGGUCUAGUAGCUUCUAGUUCUGUUGGAGGAGUUUCAGAACAGCCCACCUUUCCUUUCCCACAUUCAUUACACCGGUUAUUCCUCAAGGACUGCCUUCUUGACUGUACUGAUUGGUUUCCUUUGUCUUUCAGUCUUCAAGUAUCUUUGCAAUACUUGAAUUUAGGCAAUAGUCUGUUUGAGUUUCUGCCUUGUUAUGAUCAUCUUAAGAACCUUCGGGUUCUUGACUUGAGUUUAUGCUCAAGACUUAAAUGGCUUCUAUGUCUCCCAAGUACACUUGCAGAAUUAUAUAUAUACUACUGUAAGUCAUUGGAGAAAAUUAGUUUUCAAUCACAUCGAUUCACAUUGCAAGAGUUCGGCUACGAAGGCUGUAUUAGUUUGGCUGAAAUUGAAGGCUUUAUCAAGUUGGUGCCUGUAGCUAAACUUGAAGAAAAUGAUUUGGGGCACAUGAAGUGGCUAAAAGAAUAUCAAAAUCACCAAGUGUGCCUUGUUGGUGAUGAUGAUCUCAUCAAAGGCAGAAGUUGGUGUGUCCAGAUAUUGUAUGAAUUCAAUAUUAUGAGCACAUCUCUACCAGACAUAAAGGAUUCAAACAUGAAGCCUAGUUAUGUAUCAGAAUCAUCGUCUUUGUCGUUUGACGUGCCUUUGUGUCCCAAAAAUAAGAAGCUCAAAGGGCUUGAAGUAACAUUCAGAUAUACAAUAUCAGGUGAUGAUUGGGCAUGGUUUUGUAAAAUCAGUACGACCAAUGGUGUUGAUUUGAUGUACAACCCUAAAGUCUUUGGCAAACCUGAAUUUGGUAAAAUUGGUAUAUGGUUAAGCUAUUGGCCAAUUGGAAACACAUUGGACACUGGAGAUAAAGUUAAUGUCUCUAUUGUUGUGAUGAGUGGAUUGGAGGUACACGAAUGUGGUGUGAGCCUUGUUUACUCUGAUGAUAAAGUAGCUGAAGAAACCUUGGAAAAUAACAUGGGAUGGGUAGAGAUUCUUGGAGGAGAUUUGUCUGGAUUUCAACUAAGCACAGGAGCAUACUAUCUUUGUCGCCGUGAUUUCUUUGAGUUAAUGGAGGUUGGGAGACUGACUCCUGAUUGGUUUAGAAUUUUAGUUGGUGACACCAUUGACUAUACAGAGGUACGAGGGUGGAGAAAGACGGGUCGACCUAAGCAGUUGAAUCCAUCAUUUACAGAGUUGAAAACCGUUAGAUGCAUCAUCCAUGCUCCUGAAUCGGAGGAAAUUUACAAGAUCGCAGAGAUGUCAAAAUCAUCUUUUGUAGAUAAAACUUUUGAGUUCACAUCAGAUAUCUUAGGAGAGACAAUGAAAUCUGUUACGUUAUCUACAUUUAGUGAUACAACGAUAAAGGAAUUAAAGGAGAUUAUCAGUCUACAGAAUAUGGACAUCUCAAAACCAUUUCUUUCCGAUGAAAUUGAGGAGUCUAUCUCAAGCCCACAUGACGUUAAUGGUCAGAUCAAGGUUACAGGAACUAAAAUUGAGAAUGUGAUGACAAAUAUUGAGGAUGUGAUGACAAAUUAUGUACCUUUAUGGGGAGUAACAUCUAUUUGUGGAAAGAAAUCUGAUAUGGAAGAUGCGGUUGCCACUGUACCAAGAUUCUUGAAGGUUCCUAUUCAGAUGCUAACCCGUGAUCCUGGUCAUGAAAAGCUGAGCAAAAGUCCAAUUCACAUGACCACCCAUUUCUUUGGGGUCUAUGACGGCCAUGGUGGUUCUGAGGUUGCAAAUUACUGUAGCGGCCGGGUUCAUACUGCUUUACAAGAGGAAUUAGAACCUUUUAUAAGGAGCUGGGGUGGUGAUGGAAGUGGUAUCGAUAUCGAUAAUAGUGGCCAAGAAAUGUGGACAAAAGCAUUCGUGAAGUGUAUCCUUAAGGUUGACGAUGAGAUUGGAGGAAAAUAUGGGAAUCUUGAGCAUGUAGCUCCUGAAACUGUUGGCUCCUGUGCUUUAGUGGCCUUGAUCUGCUCAUCUCAUAUCAUUGUAUCAAAUUGUGGCGAUUCAAGAGCUGUUUUAUACCGAGGGAAAGAAGCAAUGGCACUCUCUGUAGAUCAUAAACCAAACCGAGAAGAUGAAUGUGCAAGGAUAGAAGCUGCUGGAGGCAAGGUGAUACAAUGGAAUGGGCAUCGUGUUUUUGGUGUUCUUGCGCUGUCCAGAUCUAUUGGUGACAGGUAUUUGAAACCAUGGAUCAUCCCUAAUCCUGAAGUGAAAGUCAUUCCAUGUGUCAGAGAAGACGAAUGCCUAAUUCUUGCAAGUGCUGGAUUAUGGGAUGUGAUGAGCAACAAGGAAGCAUGUCAAAUUGCUACGAAAAGAAUACUUAUUUGGCAUAAAAAGAACGGUAACAUCAGUCUUCCACAAGAAAGAGGUCAAUGGAUUGAUCCUGCAGCUCAAGAAGCAUCAGAAUACCUCUCAAACCACGCUCUUCAAAGGGGAAGUAAAGAUAACAUUACAGUGAUUGUUAUAGACAUGAAACCACAAAGAAAGUUUAAGACCAAAAUAUGAUUAUAUUAACAUGAGUUCAUGAAUGUACAAUGUUAUUAUGCAGUAUUCACAAAGAACGGCCAAUAUGUUUCAAUGUUUGUUUAAUGUAAAAAGGAAUAUUGAAGUA